GAUCAUGUGACAGCAAGUUUCUAAACGACAAAAACGGAGAGACACACACACACACACACACUCAAACACACCGAGGGAGAGAGAGAGAGAGAGUUUCGUAACUUAGGGAAGUUUUGUGGAGCCAUCGAUCACUGGACCGUCUUGUUUUUCAGCCUGAUGUCAGUGACACGGAGAGCUGAGCGUCGCCUGCGUCACUUUUUCACCGGACUUCUCUGACUGACACCAAAAUAAAAAUAAAAAAAACAAGGAGAUUUUUAUUUUUAUCCAAGCAAAAAUAAAGAAAAAAGAAAAAAAUCUGUGAAUCUACCGACUGUCCUUCCAGGAAUAGACUGAGUCCUCCAUCCGAGAAGAGUCUGGCCUAUGCAGCCAUGCUGAUGUAUGAUUACCCUCUGAAGACAGACAUGGAGACGUCCUUCUACCCUUCUUUAGUGAAAGCCCCGGAGUCGUACGGAGUGAUCUUCUCCCAUCCCGCCCACCUCUACCACCCCACGCACAUGCACGCCUUCACCCAGUCCCAGACCCCCAGCAACCCCACGCACACCCAGCUGGAGCCCGUGGACCUGUCAGUGAGCAAACGCUCCUCCUCCACGUCUUCUUCCUCCUCCCCUCCCUGCUCCUCCGCCUCCUCCCCGUCGUCCUCGCGCAGCUCCCCGUCGUCCCCCUACAGCACGGCGAGCCGCGCCUCCCCGCGCUCCUCGCCCUCCCACCCUCUCCCGCCGACCACCCCCUCACUUCCUUACCACACGAUGGUGAGUCCCCUGCUCAGCUCGGGCUCGGGGGUCAUCCAGGGGUCAGGGGUCAUGGUGUCUCCGGUCGUGGUGCCUUUCCCUGUCCUCUACCCAUCGCCUCUCCUGCAUCAGUCGAUCAUGGUGAGCCAACCCAGCAGCGACGACGACCACCAUCGAAGGAGGGCGGCGAAGACAGUUCAUUCUACGAAGCCCCCAGAGCUGCGAGGCGACGCCCACGAAAUGCACAAGCCAAUCAAAACAGAGCCUCACCCUGAGCUCGCUCAUAAGCUCCACAGCUGCCAAGAGAUGAAAUCAUCGGUCAUCAGGAUAUCACACGAAUAUGGGAGUAACAACCCGUCGGUAAUAGUCCAUCCGCGCACGCAGCAUCCUCUCCCCGCUGAAUCUCCUGACACACUGAAAAAGAGGCGAAUUCACAGAUGCGACUUCUCCGGCUGCAACAAAGUGUACACCAAGAGCUCCCACCUCAAAGCACACCGCAGGACACACACCGGUGAGAAACCCUACAAGUGCAUGUGGGAAGGCUGCACGUGGAAGUUCGCCCGUUCGGACGAGCUGACGAGACACUUCCGCAAGCACACAGGAGUCAAACCGUUCCAGUGCCCCGACUGUGAACGCAGCUUCUCCCGUUCUGAUCACCUGGCUUUGCACAAGAAACGCCACCUCCUGGUGUGAAACCCCCUUCAACUUUGGAGUGCACCACUUUUGACUUGAGAGGGGCGGGGGAUUUUAAAAUGAGCUGGCCUUACACAUUGGACUCCCGACAGGGGAGUGGGAAGGGGAAUGUUCCUCAGGGUGCAAGUUUAGGACCCUUUUCACCUCAUUUAGCCUGAAUAUGAGCUGGUGUCAGCCUGCCUAAUCAUCCAACCAUCACCUGUCAGUUUUUGCAGACUCAUCCUGAGCUCAUAUUGACAUUUUAUUGUUGUACCAGACCUCUGAUCAGCUGUGAGGCUGCAGCAUCUCAGCUGGCCUGAGAGCAGCGCACUCUUGUGGCUGCACAACCAAACUUCAUCCGACAACACACGCUCAGUUUAAGUCACACGGCAUGCUCAAGCUUCUUCUUCUUCUUUUCCAGUUCUCAUUUCUCUGUCUGCAUUUAAAGUAAAAAAUUGUGGACUUAAACACACACACACACACGUUAUUUGCUAGCUAGGCCAACAUAAUGUGAAACUUUUCCAGAAUGUAUCAUAUCACACCUACAGUACUGUGCAUCGUGUCAUACAUAACCUUUGCUUUUUCCACUCAUCAGUGCAUCUACUUGUGACAUAACGCUAACUCCGCCACAUUAAUAAAGCACCACACACCACCACCUGCCUCUACAAGCUUACAUCAUGAAGUUAAAAAUAACACAAACAGGUCGCCAAUGCUCGCUUUUCUCUUUGUACAUAUAUGCACACAGCAGAAAAAGAAAACAUGCACUUAAUAAAAGCAGCUCAGCCUCAGUCUGGUGUGCUUUGUUUUGGUAUUUGGGUUGAAAUAUUUAAAAUCGGUGGGACUCUGGGUCUCGUUCAAUGUCAAGAGUGAAGUGUUUUUUUUUUUUAAUGUUUUCAUUCAGAAAUGUGAAAGUUGCUGCACAGGGGCAUUAUUGUGUCAGUGAGGAAAAGACACCACUCGGUUGGUUUAAGGGUAGAAGCAAUGAAAUGUCAUAUAUAUAUAUCAAGUUUAUGUAUCUUUAUGAGCUAUUGUUUGGUUUGUGAUGUGACACCGUGGUAGCCUUUUUUUGUAUUGUAUGACACUUGUAUGUGGGAAAAUAUGCAAAGUGGAAAGCAGGGAAAUUUGGUCUUUUAAGUUUUUGUUUCAGGAGCAGAUGAGUUUUAAUCCAGCCCCUUCGUAUGCGGACAUAUAAUUUGCGGGAAAACUUUUAAUCAAAGCACCAUCAGUUCUUUAAUCGUCAUCACAAAUACAGAGCACAACUUCUGUUUUUACAGUGUCUGGAGAACAAAAAACGUUUGUUUGUAGCGCCUUUGUACAUGUCUCCAAUGUGCACUUUAUAUAUAAAUAUAUAUAUACAUAUAUAUAUAAAACAUUCCCAAAGCCAAACAUUUUUAGUCACAUCAGUUUUUUGUAUUCGUAGAUCUGCUGGUCAGUUUGAUCCGAAACAUUUAACAGGUUUGUCUUUUUAUUCACAUGUACACCAACAAACAGCGAAUGUAGCCGCUCAACUGAUCUGCAUUUGCCUCUGGAUAUUCUUCGCUUGUAAAUGUUUUUGUAUCUCUGCAAAUAUAAGUUGUGUAUAUAUAUACACACACAUAAAUAUAUAUAUAUAUAUUAUAAUUGAUUAUUUGACUGAAAGGGCAAUUAAAGGUUUUUAUUAAGCAUGAUUUUUGAUACUCUCAUGAUAAUGGAUAUUAUACAUUUCUAUAAUGUUGUUGUCUAUAAUAAACCCUAUCUCUCUCUUUAAUCUAAACGUUGGCAAUUCAAAGGGAACAUGUUAAACUGUGAACGUAUAACUGUACAGGUCUAUCUGCAAUGUUGCAUUUAUUUUAAAACAGAAUAUUCAUACCACUUAAUAAACUUAUUGAUAAUAUUUGCAGAA